UAUUUAUUUUUUUGGCUUCCUAAAAUAAGAAAACAAAAAACAAAGAAGGGAGAAUUUAUCGCACAAGUUUCUCGUCCUUUCCAUCGUUUUCUCUCUUGACUCGGUCGACCACACCAACCAACCAACCAACCCCAAACUCUCUCUCUCUCUUUCUUGAAUCCAAUUCGCUUUACCAACAAGAGGAAGGAACCUGCUCCUGCUGCUGCCUUGUUUCAAAUCCAAUCGGAAACUGCUUCAGAGAUCUCGCUCAUUUCGCGGCUGAGGGUUCGGCUUUGGCUUCUCCCGGUUCUUCCUGGGUCUGAGAGAAAAGGGUUUAUUGGUUGUUUCAUUUCGAUCAACAAGUCUUCAUCUUUUUUAAUUUAGGUUUCGAAUUUUCUGGAAAACCCUAAGUCUCUACACAGAAAAGAACAAAAAAAACAAUUUAUUGAUUCUUUCAUUCAUUGAUUCAUGUGUGACCACCACCAAUUCGUUGUUAAUACGUCUCAUCUUAGCGUUUUCAGUUUCGUUUCCUUUUAGGUUUCUUCUUAGGCUUCGUUCGUUUUACUUUCUAAUCUCUAAACAAAAGGAAAGCUCAGAACUUUUGAGUGACUAGUAUUUUUUUGUUGUCAUCUCAAACCAAAAAAAAAAGAGAGCUUUUUUCGGAUCUGAUCUUGGGGUUUCACUGUACAAAAGGGAUUCUUUUUUAGGUUAAGUGUAUAUAUAUAUAGAUUAGGAGAUAUGGCGUUGAAUUUUUCACAGAGGAACUUUUCUCCCCAUUUAUCCGAGGAACCGAUGAAGAUAGCCAAUGGGUAUCUCGUUGAGGGAGUUUCCGAGAGGAAAGAUGAUGUUUUUUCCCAUCCUUGGUGUUCAAGUAUUGCUAAAGGUGAUUCAGCAGCUUCUUCUGUUGAUAUACUUGAUGUUCUGCCUUCUGAUCCUUUUGGCAUGGAUAUCAACAAUACUUUCACUGCCAUCACUGGAUGGCUUGAGGAUUUGGAGGUUGAUUAUGGGAGAGAUGAGCGUGGGGUUGGUGAUGGGAACCACCACCAGCAGCUCUUUGCUAGGUUGAGUUUCAUUUGGAACAAUGCAAUGCGGUUUCAGGAGUUCCCGGAGAGUAAUAAUGUGUAUGAUAAUGGGUGGGGGUCGUUGAAUGGGUUUGGUGAUGGAUCUUGUCAUGGUGCCUUCGUGUCUGCUGGUAGUGUGGAUGAGGAUGGGAGGAAUGGUGGCGAAGUUGCAGAGAGCAGUGGUCGAUGCACCGAUGAUGGAGGAGGGAACGCAAACGUUGUUCAUCCGGCGUUUGGUUUUUGUCUUUAUCACUUGGGGGUUAAGGAUCUUCUUUCAGUUAGUAUGGUUUGCAAGUCGCUGCAUACGACUGUCUGUGAUGACUCGCUGCUGUGGAGACAUAUCCACAUUUCUCAGCCGUUGAAUGAGAAGAUCACUGAUGAGGCUCUUCUGCAGUUAACCGAGCGUGCUCAGGGCACUAUGCAGUGUUUGAGGCUCGUAGAUUGCUCGAGAGUUACAGAAGAUUGUCUCAAGCAGGUGUUGGAGCGCAACCCACAAGUAGUCAAGCUUGGUGUGCCUGGAUGCAUAAGGAUCACUAUCGAUGGUGUUUUGAGCAUCUUGAGAGAUCUGAAGUCUGCGGGAAAGCUUCAGGUGAAGCACUUGGAGAUCGGUGGCCUCUUUGGAGUCACGAAAGAUCACUAUGAUGAAUUGUUUGGUUUGUUAAACAUAGAAACUAAUGUGGAGCAGUCCAUACAGAAGCCACGUUUUUACCAUAGAGGAUACUCAUAUGUCUCCUGCGAUGAUAACGAGGGGAUAGAUAUUGAGAUGUGCCCAAAAUGUGAGAACUCGAGGCUUGUGUAUGACUGUCCAGCAGAAGAUUGUAAAGGGAAGGAGGAAUGUCGUGCUUGUUCUCUUUGCAUACAGAGGUGUUUUCAGUGUGGUCGGUGCAUCAAUGAUAGUGAGUAUGAGGAAACCUUUUGUCUGGAGUUCUUGUGCGCUGAUUGUUCCAAGCCGUCCUCUGAGUUACCUCUCUAGGUAGAAAAUUCAGUCUGAGCCGUUCUUUUCAUUCUGAAAUUGAAUGUCUCAGUUCUUCAUGGGUAAGGUGUAGGUGCCAUAGUAUCCUGUACAUAUAUUAGUAUGGCUUUAUUUGGGGUUUGGAGAAGUCAGAAAAAAAGGAAAAAAAAAAACGAAUCAUCGAAUAGUUUUUGUGGGUGAAGACUACACAAGGAGUCUGUAAUGGGUGUAAUAUGCAUUGAUGGAAAUCCGCUUUUAGUUUGAGAAACAGAUUAUGAAGCUUAGGUGGUAUCCUGCUGUCUUGACUGAGAGUUGCAUGAUGGGUUAUUUGUUUUGAGAAAGUCAACGAGAAAAAGGAAAGGAAAGGAAAGACUGUGUAAAAGAGUAGUGUGUUUUGUAGCAGGCGGUGCGAUCUGUCAGCUGCUUUGGUAGUUGAGUUUGGAGGGUAAAGAAUAUGAGUUUUUAGCGCAUCUGAAGCCAUCAAAGGAGACCAUAAUAUUGGUAAAAGAAUAGAUGGAGAUGUUUUGGUGGGAGUUAAGCAUGGAGACUAGAGACUACAUUAAACUCCACUCCAUGUUGAUCAAGGUGUGCCACUUUGGUGAAAUCUUGGAGAUGGACUUUAACUAUCUAGGAACUUCUUUAUUGAAAUAAUUAUAUGUUAUAUCUUUUGUUGAAUAAUUGUCGUAAAAUAAAGGUUUCCCUUGGCUUUAGACUUCCAUUAAAAAUAACAAAAAAUAAAAGUUGUAACUUUU